CCCUACGUCAUUAAAGUAUGUGCUCCCGAGUGUAGAAAAUGGCUGUGUUCUCCGCUACUACGGAUCGACACGGAUGUAAAUAUGGCCUAUGGCUCGGUCUGACUGUGCUCGCCAUGAGAUGCAUCGGCGCGCUGGGUACGAUUUGCUACUGUGAUGGAUUUUGCCCCGACGACAAACAAAAUGGGACAUGCGUCUUACGGCCAAAAGGCUACUGCUUUAGUGCAGUGGAGGAAGUAUGGGAUACUGAGAGUCUAGAUUUCGUAGCCGAAUAUUCAUUCGGCUGCUUGGCACCCGACGAGAGCGGCUUAAUGCAAUGCAAGGGAAAUCUAGUUCCCCAUUUGCGAGAGAAAAAUAUAAUAUGUUGCAACGACAGAGAUCUGUGUAACCAGGAUGUAUAUCCCGAGUUAACCCGUAAGCCUCGUCCUACCAGGUUACCCGAUCCUAUAAUCAUCGCGUCGGGAGUGCCGCUCAUUAUCUUGGUGGUGUCCCUAUCGGCAAUGUUGGUGCUCAUUUCGAUAGCAAUAGGAAUUGCGUAUCACAGAUGCCGGAAGAAAGAGCGGGAUCCAUGUCUAGUACCGCAGGGUACCCUCAAGGAGUUCAUUGAUCAAAGCAGCGGCUCUGGCUCGGGGCUGCCGCUCCUGGUACAACAGACUAUCGCGAAACAAUUAGCCAUGUCGCAGUGCGUGGGAAAAGGACGUUACGGCGAGGUAUGGCUCGCCAGAUGGCGAGGCGGCGAACGAGUGGCUGUGAAAGUCUUCUUCACGCUGGAGGAAGCGUCCUGGUUCAGAGAAACGGAAAUCUACCAAACCGUGCUGUUGAGACACGAGAACAUCCUGGGCUUCAUCGCCGCCGAUAUCAAGGGAACUGGAUCUUGGACUCAAAUGUUGCUAAUAACGGAUUAUCACGAGAGAGGAUCGUUGCAUGAUUACUUGCAAACGACCGUGCUAGAUCACCAGAGCCUUUUGUCGAUCUGCUCGUCGAUCGCGGCCGGCAUCACGCAUCUACAUACGGAAAUAUUCGGUACACAGGGCAAACCUGCAAUAGCUCACAGAGAUAUUAAGAGCAGAAACAUUUUAGUCAAAAGGAAUGGAGAAUGUGCCAUAGCUGACUUCGGACUGGCUGUUCGCUACAUCAGCGAUAGCGGAGAAAUUGAUAUUGCUCCGAAUACUCGAGUGGGUACGCGGCGUUACAUGGCGCCAGAAGUGCUAGACGAGACUCUGAAUACAACUUCUUUCGACGCAUUCAAAAUGGCAGAUAUGUAUUCUAUCGGUCUUGUGUUCUGGGAGGCGUGCAGAAGAUGCGUCACAGGCGGUAAAAACUCUAUGGUGGAGCCUUACGCCUUGCCUUACCACGAUGUCGUACCAAGCGAUCCAGAUUUUGAGGAUAUGCGCUUGGUAGUUUGCGUGAAACGACUACGUCCAAUUAUCCCGACGAGAUGGGAUAACGAUUCGGUUUUAUAUGCGUUAAGCAAAAUUAUGUCGGAAUGUUGGCACGCAAACCCACCGGUUCGCUUAACUGCUCUUCGCGUUAAAAAGACACUGACGAAAUUACACACUGAUAACGGCAUCAAAAUUGUGUAAAGAGUUACGAAAAACUGACUUUUCUUCUAGUUAAACAAAGAACUUCCUAUCUCUGUAAAUAAUAUUCUUAAUGUACAUACAACUGUUGACAGACUGCAGCCUGAAGACUGAUGAUUAAACUUUGUAAAUAUAUGAGAGAAAGAAAGUAUAAAUGAGGGAGCGCAUGAAGAAACGAAUGGAAUUGCGGAAUUGAACAUUAUUCUGUAUAUAUUGUAUAA